UCCUGCAUCGAGCAGCAGACGGACCACUACAGAGAUAAGCAGCAGCAACUCCAUCAAGACCUGGACCAAGACCAAGACCAAGAAUAAGAUCGGGAGCAGAAGCAGAAGCAACAUCAUCUUUUCCAGCAGCUACACUAGCAUGGCCUCAUUGCAGUUGCUGCUCUGCUGUGCUACAACACUUCUGAUUGCCAACUCUUUGGAGCUGACACCUCAGCUUCUCAGCGCCGCCGCCAAUGAGCAGGCGAGCAACAAGGCCAAGACGCAGUAUACUCCGUUUCCGCUGGUGGAUGAUGAUGUUGAUGUGGAGACCGUUGAGCUGCCCCUAGAUGUGGAUCAGGAUGACAACGUCGAGCAGUUGCCGCAUCCAACACGAUCGCAUCAUUCACUUCCACCUCCCUGGCUGCAGUUCGCCGAGGAUCCCGUCCCGAAGCCCAGGAUCAACAACAAGGCACCCUUUUUAAAACUGCCCAUGAUUGGCCAGCAACAACAGCAACAACACAAGCAUCCUCAUGGACAUGGAGGACACGGUGCAUGCACCAUUGAGAUUACCAGCAAAGUUCCUGGCGUCUGUGAACCCAUGGGCAUGGGAGUGGGAAGUGCCUGCAUCUCGGGUGAACUAAUGGAGGUUUACAGUGCCUCCCAUUGCUCAAAUUACUAAACACCAAGGAGCAUUCUCUCCCCCUCUCUCUCUCUCUCUCUCUCUCUCUCUCUCCGGCUCGCUCCAUUUGAAUGCAUGUUUGGUGUCUUUAUUAAGAGAUUUAGAUGGAGCAAUACGACUACCUGGUGCGCUUUCUGGCAAUUAAUGUGCACAAAUUAAAUUAACAACAACAUUUGUAUAAAUAAAGUUUAUUUAAUAAACA